AUGGCCGAGCAGCGCCCGCCGCGGCCACUCUUCUUCCCCCACUUCCACGACCGCACCGAGCCCGUCACACCUUCGGCCGGUGGGGUUGGCCCCUGGCCCCUCGGCACAGCCAUAUGCAGGCCGCGGCAGACUCCACCGCCCGCCGCCGAGCCACCCCGCUGGGCCGCAUCACUUGCGCCCAUCGCCUACGAGCCUCUGCGCUUCUUCUGCCCGCCGGCGGGGGCGGAGGAGGAGGGCGGGGGCGCGGUGCCGCGACCCCUGGAGGAGCUGCCGCUAGAGGACGAGAUCUGCGAGCUGGGCAUCCGCCUCAAGGAGCUGGAGCUGCUGGCCCUCCUCGGCGAGCGGUUCGACGCCAAGCAGUAUAAAAUUCUGAAGGCACUGAGAGAAGAAAGGAUAAAAUGCAUGAAAGCAAGACAGAAGCUGAAGAAAUAG